AUGAUGAGCUUCAGCGGCGCGGACGCGCUGCUGGGCGCCCCGUUCGCGCCGCUACAUGGAGGCGGCAGCCUUCACUACGCGCUGGCCCGCAAGGGCGGCGCGGGCGGAGUGCGCUCCGCCGCCGGCUCUUCUAGCGGCUUCCACUCGUGGGCGCGGACAUCCGUGAGCUCCGUCUCCGCCUCACCAGGACGCUUCCGCGGCGCAGGAGCCGCCUCGAGCACCGACUCUCUAGACACUCUGAGCAACGGACCGGAGGGCUGCGUGGUGGCGGCCGCCGCGGCGCGCAGCGAGAAGGAGCAGCUGCAGGCGCUGAACGACCGCUUCGCCGGCUACAUCGACAAGGUGCGGCAGCUCGAGGCGCACAACCGCAGCCUGGAGGGCGAGGCGGCGGCGCUGCGGCAGCAGCAGGCUGGCCGCGCCGCCAUGGGCGAGCUGUACGAGCGCGAGGUGCGCGAGAUGCGCGGCGCCGUGCUGCGCCUGGGCGCGGCGCGCGGCCAGCUGCGUCUGGAGCAGGAGCACCUGCUCGAGGACAUCGCGCACGUGCGCCAGCGCCUAGACGACGAGGCCCGGCAGCGCGAAGAGGCUGAGGCGGCGGCGCGCGCACUCGCGCGCUUUGCGCAGGAGGCCGAGGCGGCGCGUGUCGAGCUGCAGAAGAAGGCGCAAGCGCUGCAGGAGGAGUGCGGCUACCUGCGGCGUCACCACCAAGAGGAGGUGGGCGAGCUGCUGGGCCAGAUCCAGGGCUCUGGCGCCGCGCAGGCGCAGGCGCAGGCCGAAGCGCGCGACGCCCUCAAGUGCGACGUGACGUCGGCGCUGCGCGAGAUCCGCGCGCAGCUCGAAGGCCACGCGGUGCAGAGCACAUUGCAGUCCGAGGAGUGGUUCCGAGUGAGGCUGGACCGACUAUCAGAGGCAGCCAAGGUGAACACAGACGCCAUGCGCACAGCACAGGAGGAGAUAACUGAGUACCGGCGCCAGCUGCAGGCCAGGACCACAGAGCUGGAGGCACUCAAAGGCACCAAGGACUCACUGGAGAGGCAGCGCUCUGAGCUGGAGGACCGUCAUCAGGCCGACAUCGCAUCCUACCAGGAAGCCAUCCAGCAGCUGGACGCUGAGCUCAGGAACACCAAGUGGGAGAUGGCAGCCCAGCUCCGAGAGUACCAGGACCUGCUUAAUGUCAAGAUGGCCCUGGAUAUUGAGAUUGCCGCUUAUAGAAAACUCCUGGAGGGCGAAGAGUGUCGCAUUGGCUUUGGCCCGAGUCCUUUCCCCCUUCCAGAAGUACUCCCCAAAAUCCCCCCCAUAUCCACUCACAUAAAGGUCAAAAGUGAAGAGAAGAUCAAGGUAGUAGAAAAGUCAGAGAAGGAAACUGUGAUACUGGAGGAACAGACAGAGGAGAUCCAAGUGACUGAAGAAGUGACUGAAGAAGAGGAGAAAGAGGCCAAAGAGGAAGCAAAGUCUCCCGCAGCAGGAGAGGCUGCGUCCCCAGAGAAGGAAGAGGCCAAGUCCCCAGAGAAGGCCAAGUCCCCAGUGAAGGAAGAGGCCAAGUCUCCAGCCGAGGUGAAAUCUCCAGAGAAGGCCAAGUCCCCAGCAGAAGUGAAGUCCCCUGAGAAGGCCAAGUCUCCAGUGAAGGAGGAGGCCAAGUCCCCCGAGAAGGCCAAGUCUCCAGUGAAGGAGGAGGCCAAGUCCCCUGAGAAGGCCAAGUCCCCAGUGAAGGAGGAGGCCAAGUCCCCUGAGAAGGCCAAGUCCCCUGUCAAGGAGGAGACCAAGUCCCCAGAGAAGGUCAAAUCUCCUGUGAAGGAGGAGGCCAAGGCUCCAGAGAAGGAGGUCCCAAAGAAGGAAGAGGUCAAGUCCCCCAAGAAGGAGGAAGAGAAAGCUCCAGCCACACCAAAAACUGAGGAGAAGAAGGACAGCAAGAAAGAUGAGGUGCCCAAGAAGGAGGCUCCAAAGCCCGAGGUCCAGGAGAAGAAGGAACCUGCUGUGGAGAAGCCCAAAGAAUCCAAAGCUGAAGCCAAGAAGGAAGAGGCUGAAGAUAAAAAAGCAGUGACCCCAGAGAAGGAGGCUGCUGCCAAGGUGAAGGAAGAGGCCAAACCCAAAGAGAAGACUGAGGUGGCCAAGAAGGAGCCUGAAAAGCCAAAGAAGGAAGAGACACCAGCAGCACCCGAGAAAAAAGACGCCAAGGAGGAGAAGGUCACAGAGGCCAAGAAGCCUGAGGAGAAGCCCAAAACGGAGGUCCAGGCCAAGACGGAAAAGGCCGAGAAAUCCUCUAGCACAGACCAGAAAGACAGCAGGCCUCCAGAAGACAAGGCCACCAAGGGGGAGAAGUGAGGCAGGGAGAAAGAAACAUCCAGAGCAGCCAAAGAAACUCAGGAGGGUCUGGGAGCUCAAGGGUCGGUAUAACAAAUUUUCAUGUUUUUUCCCUUUUCUUUAUGUAAGAAGAAACUGUACUUAGACAACAGGGCCCUCGCUCACCAAACAGGAAUUUUUGUUAGCAAUAUGUUAGCAAGAGGGCAUUCCUAAUCCCCGGCCCCACACCCAAACUCUCCCCAGGCGAUGGACAAUUAUGUUAUGAUAGCUUACGUAGCUGAAUGUGAUAUAUGCCGAAUGCCACAUGUAAACACUUGACUAUAAAAACUGCCCCCCUCCUUUCCAAAUAAGUGCAUUUAUUUCCUGUAUGUGCAACUGACAGGUGACCGCAAUAAUGAAUGAGCAGUUAGAAACACCUUAUGCUUGAGAUGUCUUAACCUAUUCCUAAAUGCCUUCUGUUUUCCAAAGGAGUGGUCGAACCCUAGCCCAGAGCUCUCUAUCCUGGAAGAGCUGGAGCAGGUGGGGCUGGGCAUGGCCACUGAAUCAUGCCAGGGCGCACU